CUCUUAUUCCUAGCAUAUAUUCCUUGAACUAACAACACUAAUUUGCCGCAACAAAGAAAAAAAACAUAAUGGAAUAUGAGCUUGGACUUGCUGCCCUAACCUUCAUUUUUCUUCUAGCGUCCCUAUUUUGUUACUCAUGGAUAGUAGUACUCGGCAACUUAAAAACCGGCACCAAGCCACCGCUUCCGCCCGGACCAUACGGCCUUCCGAUUCUCGGAUACCUCCCGUUUCUCAAACACAACUUGCACCACCAGUUCACACAAUUGUCUCACAAGUACGGCCCCAUUUACCGCCUCCGGCUCGGCAGCAAACUCUACGUCGUUGUAAGUUCGCCUUCAUUGAUAAAGCAGAUAGUUCGCGAUCAUGACUCCAUUUUCGCGAACCGGGACCCGCCGGUUGCAGCACUAAUCGCCACGGGCGGGUACAACAUCGUCUGGACCGCAAACGGUCCCUACUGGCGCGACAUACGGAAGCUGUUCGUUCGUGAGAUGAUGAACAACACCAACCUCCAGGCUUCGCACGUUUUCCGCACGGAGGAAGUCCGGAAGCUUAUCCGGAAUCUCGAUACACAAAUCGGGAGUCCCGUUCAAAUUGGGGAACUCAUUUUCCUGACGGAGCUCCAUGUACUGACGAGCUUGCUCUGGGGCGGGGAGAUGGACCCCACGGAGCGUAGCAGGCUCGGAAACGAGUUUCGGGUUCAUAUUUCGAAAUUGAUUGAUUUGUUGGGAAAGCCUAACGUUUCCGAUUUUUUUCCGGUUUUGGCUAGGUUUGAUUUGCAGGGAAUCGCGAAAGAAAUGAGGGGUGUGGUGGUGGAGGUCGAACGAAUUUUCGAUUGUUUUAUCGAUGCGAAAGUGAAGAGCAUGGCGGCUGGUGGUGGUAUGGAGGGUGAAGAAAGGAGUAAGGACUUUAUUGGAAUUCUUUUGGAGCUGAAGGAUAAGCAACUCGGAGAAGGCUCAACAUUUGGUUUAACUCAAAUCAAGGCAAUUUUGAUGGAUAUUGUUGCCGGCGGGAGCGAUACUACGGCAACGAUGGUCGAGUGGGUGAUGACCGAGCUUUUGCACAACCCGAGUAUAAUGCAAAAAGUGCAGCAAGAAGUAACAAAUGUUGUAGGAGCGAACAACGUCGUUGAAGAAUCCCAUGUAUCGAAACUACACUAUCUCGAAGCGGUUGUAAAGGAAACAUUCCGCCUACAUCCUCCAUUGCCACUCCUCGUUCCAAGGUAUCCGAGUGAAUCUUGCACAAUUGGAGAGCACACAAUCCCAAAGGGGUCAAGGGUCUUCUUGAACAUGUGGUCAAUCCACAUGGACCCACAUGUUUGGGAGAAUCCUUUAAUAUUUCGACCCGAAAGAUUUUUGAAUGAUAACUCCGAAAAAUUUGAUUUCAUUGGAAACAACGUUGAGUAUCUUCCGUUCGGGUCGGGGAGAAGGGUGUGCCCUGGUAUUCCGUUGGCUGAGAAGAUGGUAAUGUAUUUGUUGGCUACACUCGUUCAUACGUACGAGUGGGGGUUGCCGGAGGGACAAAAGAUUGACUUGUCGGAGAAAUUUGGGAUUGUCAUGAGGAAAGAAACACCACUCAUUGCUGUUCCUUAUCAUAAAUAACCAAAUAUGAACUUGUUUGUAUGCAUAAUUAUGGGUUUUUUGCAAGGACCACCCCUAUGUAAUUUCGAAUUGCCGAAAAACCCCUCGUGUUAAAUAAAUUAGCAGGAACCCCCCGAUGAAAAUUAGUCAAAGGCAAAAAAUCCCUUGACAACAUGUCGUGUGUUGUACGCGCGGCUUGUGUAAGUGACAGUGUAAUUUUUGACGUGAAAAGUCAAAAAUACCCUCUUAAAUUAUUUUAUAAAUAAACUUAAAUCCAAUUGGGUUUAAAUGCAAAUAAUACAAA